AGUGUACUGUACUCGCAGUUCGUGGCCCUCUGUCCUGCGCGCUGCUCCCCGGGAGAGAUGCAUAAGAGCAACCCCGAGCACUCAAUUCCUCAUCAUAAAUCUGCACAAUUCCUGGAGUCCGCACGCACGCACGCACGCACGCACGCCCAUCGACCCAAAUUUCCAACCUUUGUUGUUUGAUCCGUCGCUGGCCGGGCGCAAUUUCUUACUUGCCGAGUGCACUAUCCGGUGACAGCUUGGAACUGCGAGAACUCAAUUCCAAGGCACCGUCCGACGUAGAGGCGAGGAGCUAGUAGCAGCCUGAUAGAGACUCUCGAAGUUCCGUCAAGAUGAAUGAGCUAUUUUAUGGUGCGGAUGAGCCAGGAUUCAUGGUGACCACGAGCGCUCAGCAGCUCAUUCGGGAUCCGAAACUUUUUGUCGAUUCAACCUUCGUGCAGCCAGCCAAACAACCGGCGGAGCAAAAGAAACCGGAGGACAAGCAUAAGCCGAUUGUGAUGAACGUGUCCAUUUGUUGCUCGUCGUGUGUGGAUCUCCUCGAGCCCGAGCUUCUUGCCGUCAAAGGGGUGAAGACCGUCGAUUGCGAGGUAUACAAGAAGAAGGUGACUGUCACCGGGACUGCCGCUCUUUCGGACGUGAUCUCUGCGACGCGCAGGCACUUCAAGCAUGCCCAAAUCGCUUCAUGAGUGCCUCUGCGCAGCCGAAGUUGAACGUUAGAGCGUAGAGCACCGAAGAGGCUUGAAGGGAUCGGCUCUGCGAUGCCAUCGAGCACCGACGACGAAUCGAAUCGCAGGCCGUGAUAAUUGUACAUAAAUUCAGUGAGGAUUUGGACAUUGGUGUCGAGUCCGAGGAUGUUGUCAUCAAAUCGUCGUGCUGCGGAUCGAGGCUGCGGCCACGCUUUAAGGAAUCCGCUUGGCACUUUAAAAUAGGCAUUCGGCGAGUUUCAAGGUUCUGAUAGAGAGCUUUUCCGGCUUUUGAUUUACGGUAGUGGUUUAUAAUCUCCGACGCUUGUGAAAUAUUGGAAACGAAUAGCUCAUAAACCUUCAAAGCUGCAGACUCACGUCCGAGCUGAAAGGCUCUGCGACCUCGAAUCGCUGCAGGCUUCAUGUAGACACACACACCCCUACUCUGUACGGUUUUCUUUGUCCAUCGGGGUCACUAGCGAUUGAGACUGGAGUGCGUGGUAUCGACCUGCCACGUGCUUGGUUCUGGAAUGUUUCGGUGACGCUGUAAAUUCUUGCGCAACGUACUGCAUCGUUGGGCAUCCCCAUAAGAAAUCAAUUUUUUAAUCUCAUCACA